AUGUCAGCCGCGACAUUACGUACUCAGGAUUUUGUGGCAGGGCAGGAUCCUCCUCCGAUUCGCCUUAUCCCAGAACACACUACAACGAACGGCAUUGAAAGCGGUCGAACCGAAAGCUCGAUUUGCCUACAAAGCUGCUGUAUUAUCCAGCAGUGUGCAAUCAAGAGACACGCGGCGGUCGUACAGAAGCUGCUUAGCACGGGAAACGUAGAUGUCAACUGUCAAGAUAGGUACGGCAGGACCGCAUUGUGGUGGGCGCCACGGAACAGACACGAGGCGGUGGUUAAUCUGCUCCUUGAGGCCGAUAAUGCGGAUAUCAACCACAGGGACACCAAGUACAACAGGACGCCGCUGGAAUGGGCCACUGAGAACGGCCACGAUGCGGUGAUUAAAGCGCAGGUCGAACACGUCGAAGAGAACGCCUAUUCUAAAGUCCUCGAGCACAAAAGGCCAGCUCGAUCGAAGAUGAAAGUAUCCGACAUGGAUUCUGAAGAGGAGGACACAGAGUUGCACUGA